GACACCUGGGCAGGGAAGUUCGCAAUAGCUGCUGCGAAGGGGAUAGCGUCUCGUGACCAAAAUGGCUUCCGAUGGGCAAGUCGCGGAUCAGACACCGGGCGCUCCGUAACGGUCGUUCGUGAAUUUCCACGGUCCAACAAUUGCCAAUAGUGGCAGAAGAGUCAGGCUGCAAUAAUAAGGAGAGACUUCUCGUAUGUUUUGCACGUCGACCUCGCCUGUUCCAAGGUUUCGGCCGAUGCAAAAUCAUGUCAGCGCGUGGGCGGCGUGGGCGAGUAGUAGGCAAGUGCAGUUGUGCAGCAAUCCGAGAGCCACGACCUUGCGUGACACAAGUUCUUGUAUUAUUGCUGGAGUCGAACACAUGGUGCGUGUUUGAGAUGGGGUGUCAGCCGCAGGUAUGGGGAGCACUUUCCUGUCCUUCGGGACAAACGGCGUUCCAGCGAUCCAGAAGGUGGCUCAUGCCAUGGGCCAUUCUGCUGUCUGAGCGAUAUGAUUUUAUUAGCACGGGCAGGUUUUUAAUGCCUGGGGUACCAGCACCCAAUCACCUUUACACCCGAGGUCAUCGUUUGAAUCGUUUCAUCGUUCUCGUCAUCUCACCAUAUCAUCAGCGCCCUGCACUUUUGCGGGUUGCUGAGCAUUGCUCCAUUGCACGGCAUGGAAGUCGGCUAGAAUCUGUGGACUCGCAUUCGCUGUUUGGACUGUGCUGGAUGGUACGACCAUCGGAUUCCAUGCUCUUGUCUCAUGCCUCGAGCACUGCUCGUCUCUCGAAAUAGAUGCGGCUCAAACUUCGAUAUACUGCCAACGGACCGUGAUGGGAAUCUGUUUGGGGUGAAGUUUUGGGUGAAGUUUUGGGUGGGUACGCCUGGGUUCCGUCAU